UUCAUUUGGAUGCAGUCAUAAUAAAAUGUGAACAAGUAAGAAGAUACCAGUGUUGUGUAGGUUAGCGGUUGCAGUGCCAGUCUGUUUCGGAUUUCAUUUUUCACUCUUUCAACCAAACGACGCCUCUCUAACCGUUUCUCGGAGGAUUCCGGUUUCAGGUGUGACGGAAGAGAAGGGAAGAUGGACUUAUUGGAGGUAUGGGCAAUCUUCGGCCCCGGCGUCGCCGGCACCGUCUUCGGCGUCGGUUGGUGGAUCUGGCUCGACGCCGUCGUUUGCAGUUCCAUCACUGUUCCCUUCCUUCACUACCUUCCUGGAAUUUUCGCAUCUCUUGCGGCUUUGAUGUUCAAUUGCGUUAGAAAAGAAGACAUCGAUUAUUCUCCCUAUGACGAAGGGGAGUGGAGAUUAAAGUUGUGGCUCUUCAUUGCCUAUGUUGUAUCCUUUGUUUCUUUGGCUGGAUCAGCAGGUCUACUGAUCCAAGAUUCACUUGAUAAAUCUGCACCUUCAGUUUGGACUGGAGUUGCAGGUGUUUUGCAGUGUGUUUGUGUCUUGAUCAGUGGACUGGUAUAUUGGACUUCUCAUCCUGAAUAAGGUGCACCAAUAUAUGACUUGUAGCGUCAAACUCGACCAGGUUAUAUCCACCCAUGUAUUAUCUUGUUUAUUUUAUGUAACGGAAAAUAGCUGGCUUAUGUAAAUCGGUAAAUGUAAAUUGUGCUAACAAUCUUGAGCCUCUGGGUAUAUUGGUGUUUAUUGAUAAAUAUAUGUUAACUGAAGUAAUUUCAA